UCAGUCUCCUGUCAUAUGGUUCGAAAUGGCGGAAGAAUACUUGUGACCAUCGGCCAAGGGGAAACAUAAGUUUACAUGGAUGGAAGGCCAGGAAAUUAUGGAGCACUGGUUCCCAAAGUCAGGUAUAAAGAAGCUCAAGGUUCCCCAAAAAGUCUCCCUCUCAAUCCAACAUCUUCAAAGUCUCUUCAGCUCAAUCACAUUUCGCACCUCACUAUCCAAUUCAUAACAACACUCUUCUCUAAAACCAGCACUCAAUUCAAAAUGCAAAUCACAUACUUCGUCCAGGCUCUGUUCGUCGCCGUCGCACUGGCUGCGCCCGCUCCUCAGGGCGGUGGUGACUUGCCUUCUGGCAUCUUCCCAUCCGGAGGCUUUCCAACCGGCACUAGAGGCCCCAUCCCAACUGGGGGCCCCAUCCCUACCGGCACUGGCGGUGGUCCCGUCCCAACCGGCGGCUUCCCAUCCCACACUGGCGGAGGUGGCCACCACCACCACCACCACACCCGCACCCGCGGCGGCGAUGGACCUGUUCCAACUGGCUCCCCCGCCGGAGGCGAUGAGGGCGACGACGAGUCCAGCCAGUAAGCGUGGAGAAUGGCGACAAGUAGCACCGCAGGCGGAAAUUGCACAAUCCUCUUGAUACGAUCGAGGCGGCUGCAGGGCAAGGAGAUGGCGCAGCGGGCUGCUAAAAUUUCGAUCCUGUGGAUCAGUACAUAAGUUUUGUGUUUUUAGCUGAAUUUGAUUUGUUGAUGCCG